AUGGGCGAGCUUGAGGUUAUUCCGUCUGAAAUCGAUGUUAUGGACGAAUAUGGGCAGAGUGUGACGAUUGUGGUUCAAAGUAUCGUGCAUUACGAAGAGGUAGUUGUUGAUUUCUGUGUUGGUACUUAUGGACCAGAUAAUCGUGUGGAGAAGGUGGCUGAUAAUAACUGA